GCUCAGAGCGCUGUCACCUUGCAUGCUGUCAGUCGACGUGACUUAUUAGUGCAUCCACUGCAAUUACCGAUUCACCUUCCGUUCUCGUAAGUGACCUCUUCCGAAUUAAGCCCUAUAUUAUUGGUGACCCUGGGCAGUAUUGCUACCCACAUGGCCGAUGUUGCACAUAAUAUACAACUCGUGAUACUAGCUAUAAAAGAGCACAUAUCGAUUUCAUUAUAAACAGCUUUAAAAUGCUCGGCUGGCCGUUUCUGGAUCGUUUAAUAUUAACUAGAUUUCUUCGGCGUCGUUCAGUAUGGUUAACUUAGUAGCUAUUGGUCUUGUGGCUGAGACCCUAGUCGCUUUUGCGGCAGCGACAUUCGAUGGAAAUUUGAAUUACAAAAGCCCAUCUCGUCGUCACUCAGGCCUUGGAAUCGAUGUGCCUCACGUUUCCAGGCGGAGCCUUAAGCGUGGUGCUGUCGCGUAUAAGGCAGAGGAACUUAGCUUCACCCACGGCGUGGCGUCUGGUGAUCCAUACCCGGAGAGUGUAAUUCUAUGGACACGAGUUGCGCCGUCGCUCUCCUCUGACACGAGCAAUAUCACUGUUGAGGGGCCGGUACCGCUGUACAACCACGACACGCAGACAUAUAUUAAUGCGGAUCCAAGCCCCAUCUGUGUUGACUGGAAUGUCUUCUCGAACGAGACUGGGGAGGUUGUAUCGAGUGGCCAAGGGUACACAACUAGUGAUAUCGACUAUACCAUCAAGGUCGAAGCUACGAAGCUUAAGCCAUUCACGACGUAUAAUUACCAGUUCACGAUUUGCGGGUCGAAUAUCACGAGUCCUGUUGGACGAACGAAGACUGCUCCUGAAGCGAAUGCUGAUUUAUUAGAGUUGAAACUUGCUGUUUUCUCUUGCAGUAAUUAUCCAAAUGGGUAUUUUAAUGUCUACGGGAAUGCCGCACGCAAAGAUGAGCAAGACUACUUUAUUCACUUAGGGGAUUACAUCUACGAGGGAAACGCAAAGGGCGAGAGAGCCCAUGAACCGAGCAAGUACCUGUUUAGUCUCUACGACUACAGGACUCGCCAUGGACAGUAUCGCACCGAUCCAGAUCUACAGCUUGCUUCUCAAAACUUUGCUUGGAUUACAACCUGGGAUGAUCACGAAGUUUCAGAUAAUGGAUAUCGAGACGGCUCAAGUGCUCUCAACAAUACCGAACAAUCCUUCCUGAAUGAUGGUUUUGUCAGCGUGGACCAACGAAAGAUGAAUGCUGUGAGAGCAUACUUCGAGUGGAUGCCUAUUCGCCAGAUAGACCUCGAUGACAACCUGAGAGUUUGGAGGUCAUUCCAGAUGGGUAAUCUUUUGGAUUUAAUUGUCCUUGAUACUCGGAAUUACGACCGGAGCAUUACAUCUUUGAACUGGAACAACGACUACAUCGAACAAAUCAGCAACGACGCCUCGCGAUCCUUGAUGGGCUCACACCAGGAGAAUUGGUUUUACAGCCAACUGUCCAAGUCAUCCAACCGGGGCGCGACAUGGCGAAUUAUAGGUAACCAGAUCGUAUUCUCGAGUAUUGCCGAGUCUAGUGAAUUCACCGGUGACAACUGGAACGGGUACGUUGCAAACAGGAACCGAACGCUGAAGCACCUCUACGACCACAAGAUCAGCAAUACCAUCUUCCUUGCCGGUGACAGCCACCAGAACUGGGUAUCCGACCUCGUCUGGCUGGACGAGAAGCCGUACAACGUGGAGACGGGCGACGGCGCGAUCGGCGUCGAGUUCGCCGGGACGGCGGUCAGCUCGACGGGGUACAACGGGCUGAUCGCCCCCGCGCGCGCCGAGGCGCAGAAGCUGGUGGCGGAGAACGAGGUGCUGCAGUGGCAGGACGGGUACUACCGCGGCUACUUCCUGCUGACGGUAUCGCCCGAGAAGCUCGAGGCGAGAUACUACGGCUCGCCGAGCGUGGCGACUAGGAACGCGUGGGACUUGCCGCUGGCGAAUUUUACCGUGGUCGCGGGCGCGAAUAAGCUGUCGCGGCCGGUCGCUGGAGGGAGUGUCGAGGCUGGGUUUGUCAAGGGAGGGCAGACUAACCCGACGAAUAUUACCUUGAAUACUGAGACUUGGGAGUGGGAUAUUGUUGGAUUCGAUAAGAUGUAUAUCACUACGUAGGUGCCGGUGAGGCGAGGAGAAUUGUGUGCGAUGGAUCACCGGAUGAUUGCUGUUCGCCUAUUGGAACUUUGCAAUACUAAUGGGCUUAAUAUGGGAAUGGAUAGGGAUAAUCGAUAGUCGAUAAUAAAUGAAAGAUAUCUUCAAUUGGUGAAGCUUCUUGGUAGCUAGCAUUCAAAUACUGUCGAGUUCCUGCGAUGAACAGGAAAAGCUGAACGCAUCUUAAAUAUAGUCUUGAAUGCGCAUGAGGAAUUGUGAUAUAAGUGAAGACGACACUGACUUGUAGAUCCUCAGGGUGUACGUAAAUGCAAUCGCCGGCGGCUUCGUUUGUGGCUGGCCGCGAUAAGCAACAAUGUCUAGUAUCUUCUUUAUGGCAAUGCAUCAAGGCACCGCUCACAAUGAAAAUAGAGGAAAGCAAAAAUUGCGCUCCCUACGAUCCACGAGGGAUAAUAGAAGAGGGUCGACUCCGCGCUGUGCAAUGCAGGUCUCUCCCCUUGCUAACCAUGAUUCUUGAGCCAUGGUCAGCGG